AUGGAGCUUCUGUCCAGUCCUAUGGCCGGUUCGCGACUUUCAGAUAGUCCGGAAAAUCAAUCCGCCGUUCUCCCCAAAAUAAUCUCGAGCUCCAGCACUCUCCAAGAUUCUUCCAGACUGGAAGACAAGACAGCCUCCCAACAUCCCGUCUCAAACUACAAAAGCAGUAUAAUGAUCUGCACCCGCUGCCUCCACCGAGGAGCCUCCUCUUUCCGCUCCCUCUCAUCGCCCAUCCUCCUCCUCAGGCAAUUCUCCCUCUCCUCCACCCUCCUCUCCAGCGCCUCGCCCUCACCACCACCAGCAACCUCAACCAGCGCCGCGCAACCCUUCAGCACGCCCCUCACACCAGCACCCAACCCCGUCUCCCUCGGCACAGCAUCAAAACCACCUGCAAAAUCAAAAGUCGUGAUCCCGAUAUCUUCGUGUCCAGCCGGUACUACCCUCAAAGGCCUGAAUUUCAUUAAGGACCGGCAAGACCCAGUCGCGCUGCCGGAGGAGGACUACCCGGAAUGGUUGUGGAGCGUGCUUGAGAAGCGGGUGGGCGAAGGGGAGGGAGAGGAGGGGGACGGUGAUGAAUUUUCCAAAUCCGCGAAGCUCCGCCGCAAAGCUGCAAAGCGCGCCCGCAAGCUCGAGGCGCUGCGUCGCGCCUCGGGGCAAGCGGAGCCAGAGGUUCGUGUCCCGCUCACGCAGCAGAGUAUCGACCUGCCUGCGAACGAGGAGGGUACCGUAGAGGGAGCGCUGGUUGCGGAAGGGAAGAGACAGGAGCUGCGGGGCGCGAUGAGGAGGGAGAGGAGGAAGAAAAUCAAGGAGGCAAAUUUCCUGAGGGGCAUGUAA